AUGCCAGGUAGUCAAGCCCAGGGUCAGGUAGCCAGCAGCUAUGCCAAGGUCCACAUAAGAAGGGGGAGCAGGAGGGCUGGUUCUGCAGUGUCCCCUGCUGCUGCUGCCGGCAGGGGGGCGGUGCUUCUGGGAGGAGACGAGAUCGAGGCUGCUCUUAGUGAGGUCAGUGAAGAUGAUCUGCUGCUGCUGGCUGGAGAUUCUACAGAGACCCUGGACCCGCUGUCUUGUCCCCUGCUCCCCUCCGGGGUUGUAGCAGGUGUUGGCGUCAGCGGGGUCCGGUCGCCGCCACUGUCCGUCCAAGCCGCUGGUGGGGCGAAUUCUGCUGCUGCGGAGUCGUCGGACGGGGUCCCCCCGGUCCUUUCCUUGGAAGAUGUGUCUGUCGCCCGUGAUGUCCGGAGUCGCCCUUCUUCUGGAGUUACGGCCGCUGGUUCCGAGCCGGUGAGGUCGGGUGGAGCGGCUGGGCUUGUCUGGAUUGUCGGCCAUUCGUAUGUGACGCGUGGGGCAGUGAGGGCAGGGGUUCGGCCGGCGGGCAGACAGUUGGGAUUGGACGGUUCGGUGGCCCAGGUUCGCUGGUUGGGAAAGGGGGGCAUGAGGUGGUCAGAACUGUUGUCCAGGGUCCAGUUCUUUGUUCAGCUGGACCGGUCCCCAGAUAUAUUGGUGGUCCAUUUAGGUGGGAAUGAUUUGGGUGUGCGCAGGUCUCGGGAUUUGAUCAGGGACAUUAAACUGGACCUGUUGCGUUUGUGGUCCUCUUUCCCGGAUUUGGUCCUGGUGUGGUCCGAGAUGGUUGCCAGGCAGAAGUGGAGGCAGGCUCGGUCGGUGGUAGCAAUUAACAAGGCGAGGAUUAAGGUGAAUAAGGCGGUGAGUAAGUUCGUGGCCAGGAAUGGUGGUUUGGUGGCGCGACACCGGGAUUUGGAGGAAGGGGGUGCGGAUUUUGUGGCCUCGGAUGGUAUUCAUCUUAAUGGGAUGGGUAUGGAUUUGUGGCUUCUUGAGUUGAAGGAGACAGUGGAGAGGGCAUUGAGGCUGUGGAGGAACGGGGACAAGUAAGGGGUCACUUGUCCCCGUUGUGGCGGGGUCAGGAGAGGAAUCUGGGGAGGCACCAGUGGAUGGGCAUGGUAUGUUGGAUGGUGUGGAGGUGGGCUGGGAGCGGUUCCCAGCCAGAAGGUGGAAUUCGGGUUGGUGGGCUUCACAAAAUGGUGCUCCUGUGCAGGUGAGCUACGGCUAGGAGCAAGUGAAGAUCCCAUCACCUGUGGUCUGGUAACGGUGCCCCUCAGGUUCUUCUCCUGCGCUAAUAGACAUCCUAAUGUUAGGACAGGUUAUAUUGUUAUGUAUGACGUUCAUACAUCGGUUUACAAUGUUGUAAUUGAUUAUUUAUGUUAUUUAAUAAAUGGGCUGCUGUGGCCUUUGUUUAACCAACACAUGUCUUAUGUCAUUUAUGGGAGGGAAUAAGCUAAAAUUAAGUUAAAGGUGUUAAAUGAUAGAUGAU